AUGCGUUUCUCCAUCUUCGCCACUGUCACCUACGCCGUCGGCACCUACGCCUGGGCUCAGGCUGCUGAUGGCCGCUGGAUUGCCAACAACCAGGUUUACAACAUCCGCGGCAGCCAGGUCCACGAAGCUUGCACCAGAAGAAACACUGAUGAAAUUCUGGCCGCUGUCCCCUGCGAGUACUGGACUGAUGGCCGUGGCCACACCACCACAGGAACUUGCCGCGUCAACAUCAACCAGGUUGCCUGCAUUUAA